AUGCCCAGAAAAGCCCUGCUAGGUAACUGGUUUGAGGAGGAGGCCUACGCACGAGAUCGAAGGCGUCUCAUGGAGGGCCGCAAUGGCGGUGUCGUCGAUGCCGCACGUGAGACUCAGCUCAUUUUGGCCAAAGUGAAGCAUCACAGCACACCGUACCCAAUGUCCCCCAUGCCUGAAGAUGGAUUUCUACACUUCUACGCCCCAGUUAUGCUGCAAAAUGCUGCAACCCUAGGUUUUAUGUCGCUUGACUUAGAGGACCGCGCGCUGCGACCCACAGGAUGGAGCGUCGUGUGCUCAACGGCGCCGGCCAGUGGCCCGACACUGCGCAAUUGUUUUGUCUUGGUGCCAGCGCCGACGGGACCCACAGAUAUGAUCCCCCCGCCACCCGAGGAGAAGGAUUUGGUGCACUACGGGCAGCCGUUUUUCAUCAUGACAGUGCCAGAACUGAGCGAUGAUCCGCUUUCACUUGCGUCGGAGCGCAAGGGGCCUAAUAGCGCGUCGAAGGUGACGGGGAAGUACCAAGACGUGUUCUUUUCCCCAGACGGCAGCACCGCAGAGACGAUGUGGGUGGCGGAUUUCUCGAACCCAGAGUAUAUUGAGGACAUGCGUGACAGGCCCGUGAAGGGGGACGCCGUCUUGGUGAUCCGCCACAACCAGACCAACGUCCCACUGGCGAGCACAAAGGCGGUGUUCUACAACGACUUCGGCCCGGAGUAUGAGGUCUGUUGCAACAAGUUUGCGUUGCCCGGGUCGAGGACUCGUGGGAGCCCGCUCACCGACGAAAACUACUGGAUCUUUGUUCACAGUGAGCAGCGUGAGGAGCAGCAGGGCGAGGCAGAGGGGCGGGAAGAGGAGCAGAAGAGGGCUUCGGCCCCCGCCUAG